GGGUCGGGGAGCCGGGCUGCAGGCGCCGGGAAACUUCCCUUCCCGGUUAAUGGGUGGCGGGGCUGGGGCGGAGGAGAGGAGUUAGGGGCGACGAGGUCGGGGGAGAGGGAUGAAAGGGGGAGGCCCGGGAAGAUGGUGUCCUGUAAGUGACCUCGGCUCCCCAGAGCGCUGACCCCUGAGCCCUGCCACCCCCUGGACUGCAUCCCAGGCCUCCCCAACCCGAUCUUGGCCGCCUCUCCCUCGGCCCCAUUUUCCUCCGAAGGAGGGAAGAUUUCAACACUACACUUGCACAAUGUCUUUGAAACCAAGAGUAGUAGAUUUUGAUGAAACAUGGAACAAACUUUUGACAACAAUAAAAGCUGUGGUCAUGUUGGAAUACGUCGAAAGAGCAACAUGGAACGACCGCUUCUCUGAUAUCUAUGCUUUAUGUGUGGCCUAUCCUGAACCCCUUGGAGAAAGACUUUAUACAGAAACUAAGAUUUUUUUGGAAAAUCACGUUCGGCAUUUGCACAAGAGAGUUCUGGAGUCAGAAGAACAAGUACUUGUUAUGUAUCAUAGGUACUGGGAAGAAUACAGCAAGGGUGCAGACUAUAUGGACUGCUUAUAUAGGUAUCUCAACACCCAGUUUAUUAAAAAGAAUAAAUUAACAGAAGCGGACCUUCAGUAUGGCUAUGGUGGUGUAGAUAUGAAUGAACCACUUAUGGAAAUAGGAGAGCUAGCAUUGGAUAUGUGGAGGAAAUUGAUGGUUGAACCACUUCAGGCCAUCCUUAUCCGAAUGCUGCUUCGAGAAAUCAAAAAUGAUCGUGGUGGAGAAGACCCAAACCAGAAAGUAAUCCAUGGGGUUAUUAACUCCUUUGUUCAUGUUGAACAGUAUAAGAAAAAAUUCCCCUUAAAGUUUUAUCAGGAAAUCUUUGAGUCUCCCUUUCUGACUGAAACAGGAGAGUAUUACAAACAAGAAGCUUCAAAUUUAUUACAAGAAUCAAACUGCUCACAGUAUAUGGAAAAGGUCCUAGGUAGAUUAAAAGAUGAAGAAAUUCGAUGUCGAAAAUACCUGCAUCCAAGUUCAUACACUAAAGUGAUUCAUGAAUGUCAGCAACGAAUGGUAGCAGACCACUUACAGUUUUUACAUGCAGAAUGUCAUAAUAUCAUUCGACAAGAGAAAAAAAAUGACAUGGCAAAUAUGUACGUCUUACUCCGUGCUGUGUCCACUGGUUUACCUCAUAUGAUUCAGGAGCUGCAAAACCACAUCCAUGAUGAGGGCCUUCGAGCAACCAGCAACCUUACUCAGGAAAACAUGCCAACACUAUUUGUGGAGUCAGUUUUGGAAGUACAUGGUAAAUUUGUUCAGCUUAUCAACACUGUUUUGAACGGUGAUCAGCACUUCAUGAGUGCGUUGGAUAAGGCACUUACAUCAGUUGUAAAUUACAGAGAGCCCAAGUCUGUUUGCAAAGCACCUGAACUGCUUGCUAAGUACUGUGACAACUUACUGAAGAAGUCGGCGAAAGGGAUGACAGAGAAUGAAGUGGAAGACAGGCUCACCAGCUUCAUCACGGUGUUCAAAUACAUUGAUGACAAGGACGUCUUUCAAAAGUUCUACGCAAGAAUGCUGGCAAAACGUUUAAUUCAUGGGUUAUCCAUGUCUAUGGACUCUGAAGAAGCCAUGAUCAACAAAUUAAAGCAAGCCUGUGGUUAUGAGUUUACCAGCAAGCUACAUCGGAUGUAUACAGAUAUGAGUGUCAGCGCUGAUCUCAACAAUAAGUUCAACAAUUUUAUCAAAAACCAAGACACAGUAAUAGAUUUGGGAAUUAGUUUUCAAAUAUAUGUUCUACAGGCUGGUGCGUGGCCUCUUACUCAGGCUCCUUCAUCUACAUUUGCAAUUCCCCAGGAAUUAGAAAAAAGUGUACAGAUGUUUGAAUUAUUUUAUAGCCAACAUUUCAGUGGAAGGAAACUUACAUGGUUACAUUAUCUCUGUACAGGUGAAGUUAAAAUGAACUAUUUGGGCAAACCGUAUGUAGCCAUGGUUACAACAUACCAAAUGGCAGUUCUUCUUGCCUUUAACAACAGUGAGACGGUCAGUUAUAAAGAGCUUCAAGACAGCACUCAGAUGAAUGAAAAGGAACUGACAAAAACAAUCAAAUCAUUACUUGAUGUGAAAAUGAUUAACCAUGAUUCAGAAAAGGAAGAUAUUGAUGCAGAAUCUUCGUUUUCAUUAAAUAUGAACUUCAGCAGUAAAAGAACAAAAUUUAAAAUUACUACAUCAAUGCAGAAAGACACACCACAAGAAAUGGAGCAGACUAGAAGUGCUGUCGAUGAGGACCGGAAAAUGUAUCUCCAAGCUGCUAUAGUUCGUAUCAUGAAAGCACGAAAAGUGCUUCGGCACAAUGCCCUUAUUCAAGAGGUGAUUAGCCAGUCAAGAGCUCGGUUUAAUCCCAGUAUCAGCAUGAUUAAAAAGUGUAUUGAAGUUCUGAUAGACAAACAGUACAUCGAACGCAGCCAGGCGUCGGCAGAUGAAUACAGCUACGUCGCGUGAUGUCGCUCUCCCCCAGCGUGGUGUGAGAAGAUCAUUGCCAUCACCAUUUGGUGUGUUCCUGUGGGAAAAAGCAGGCCUGUGCCUCCAUAAUUUGGUCAUUUGGCAGCCCCUGUUUUCUGCUGUUUACAACAUCACCAGUGCCACGUCAUGAGCGUCAAAGAAAAUGCCUAGAGAUAUUUCAAGCUCAUGUCAUGAUGACAUUUCUUAAAACUUUAUUAAAAGAAUGAGUGAAGUAUUGCUGAAAUGUGGAAAGUUGGUUGGGUACCAUGCUUUUUCUCCCCUUCACGUUUGCAGUUGAUGUGGUUUUUUUUUUUUUUUAAUGUAUCUUAAAGGACAUAAAAUUUAAAAACUUAAAUAUUGUAAUAUGACAGAUAACCUAAUAAUUGUAUCUACAUUAAAAUGACAAACAUGAUACUGCUGCUUG